GUCAACAUAGGUCCUUAACCCACAAUAACAUCAAAACAUAACCUCAAUCUUUCAUUUUCUCGAUUCAUUUAAUUUAAAUAAACGAAAAUAUGACCGCUCAUAUAAUUUGUGUAACUUCCGGAGGAGGUCUUCCAAUUUUUACGAGAAGUAAAGGAUGCACCGAAAAUUUAUCUUUUUCAAUAAUUGGGUCCUUAAAUGGUGUACACAUGUUCUCAAAAUCGCACCUAAUUAAUUUAAUCAGUACGGAAACUCAAGAUCAUUGCGUUGUUUGGAAGGAAUUCCACGAUAGUGUGGUUCUUAUUGGAAUCGCUUCGGGAUGUACCGUCGAUGUUUUUGAGAAGUUAUUAGAUUCGAUGUUUAACGCGAUGGUUUUAGUGGUUGGUUUCGAUGAGAUUAAGCAACAAAGAAAUGUUGAGCGAUUAAAGCGAGAAUUACGAACUUGUUAUCCAAUAAUAGAUAGAUUAUUAGAUACAUUAGAUUGUGGGGAUUCGUCAAAUAAACACAGUAGCGACUUAGUAAAUCUAGUUGAAUGUAUUUUAUGCCCAGAAAAUCAAAACAUACAAAGUGUUCUUAAUUCUUUCACAGAAACCAUUGAUACAAUGUUUAGUUGCAUUUUAAUUCAUGGAAAAAUUGCUGUUGCAACUGAAAGUUGGUGGAGUUUAUGCCCGGAUGAAUUAAAAUUGUUAUCCUUUUUGGCUGUAGUAGAAAAUACAUCAAGUAGUAAAGAUAUCCCGGUUUUUUUACCAUAUAAAAGCCCAAAUGCUGCUUUUCGUUUCAUAUCGGUAACUUUAAUUCCGGAUGUUCAACUUUGUUGUCUUUGUGGCCCAACGCCUUCUUUAGAAGAAGUCGAACAAUUUUCAACGCAAUCGUUCAAAAAUUUGUUGGAAGUUUUAGCAGCUGCCGGACAAUGUUAUCCUAAAAAUUUUCCAAGUUCUUUGCAAUUCGAUCAAGGAAUUUUGGGACUCUUGUUAAUAAAUAUACCAAUUGGGAAAUAUAUGAUGUCGAGAUGUCCACAUCAAUCGAUUGGUAAACGAGCUUCAAGCGGAUCUCAUCGAUUGGAUAUUUUAAGGAGCUUUUAUUAUCAAGCGGUAAUGGAUGUAUUAAAUAAUGAUAAAGAUAAAAUUCAAGGAAAUCAAGAAAACGAAUGUGGGUAUAUUAAAAAAGAGGAUUCUUUGAGAAAUAUUUCGAUGGGGAACGAAACUUAUUGGUGUUCGGAAUAUCAUAAAUGUCAUGCUGCGAGAAUUGAUAAUAACAUUUUGUGUGUUUUAUAUAAUUCUGCCAUUCCCACUCAUGCAAUUCGAUUGUUAACACAAAAAACUUUAAAAACCUUUGUUUGUGAUAAACAAAUUUGUUGGUAAAACACGUAAAUAUAAUUUAUGUUGAAUCGUAUGUUGGUGAUAUAUAUAUUUGAAUGCAAAAUAAUAAUAUUUUGAAUACAAGAUAUUAGUCAA